UCAACCAUGUGACCUGAGGAAUGUGUAAAAUUGUAUAGGAUAAUUUCUACUGCUCUUGAAAACACAGCUCAGGUGAAUUUGCUAUUUCCCUGAGUAUUUGAAGAUUCAGCAAUCUUGUAGCCGUGAAAUCCCAGGACACGACGACAUACUGCAAUGGAACAUAACACAUGACCAGACGAGCGAGAGAAAUGAUGAGGCAGCUUCUUCCAUUGAUUUUCGCGGUAUCAGGAAGUUGGGGAUUUGGGGGAACGGACGAUUCGUCAGAAAUAAGUGGUUCAGGGGUAGGCAGUCCUGGGUCCCGAAGAGAGGGGGGAGAAUCCGACCGUUAAGAUUGUAAAUUGUCUCUUUCCUAUUCCAGACCGUUCCCAGACAUGUAAGGUUAUCGCUUGACAUAAUCGUCAAGAUUAGCAUGACCGGUCAAACCAGCACCUGUGUGAGAAAAAUGGUGCGACACGUCAUACAGAACAUGGAGGACUUUCAGCAUAACCUGGAUUCAAUGGUUCAGGACCUACAACGUCUCAUCCGGGACAUAGACACGGUGACCACAGAAAUUCAGGAGAGAUUUGACCGGAAGUCCACAAAACGCUGUAAUCACCAAAACGGUACCGAAUGUCCACGUCGCGAAGAUGCUUUACAAAAACUGUUAGAUACUGUGCGUACAGUUGACGAAUCUCCUGACCUUGACCUUUCCUAUCUUGACAUUUCAACCUCCUAUCAGCGGCCAAGAUGGGGGAGAUCUCUUUCUUUUCCAGUGUCCUCAUUUAAACUGUCUUCAUUGGUUAAUCCUAAAGAAGAGUUCAGGGAAGAAUACAACGCUACUAGUUUUGUUUGUGAUGAAUUUAAUUCCGAAGAUCAAAGAAAACGAGAUUCUAUAGUAAGAACUACACGUUGCACUGCACAACUAAAAGAAUCUGCAAAAAUUGUUACAAUCGUUCCCGAAUUCAAAAGUUCAAUAUCUACCAUAGAUAGACAUAGCUCUUCUUCCAAAUCAAGUGGAACGUAUAAAGAAAUAAAUUCCAUUAAAAGAACCACCGCCAGUUUUGAAAAUACUCAGCAAGUAAUAGCGGAAGCAACAACACAGACGAGUUUUACACUUGACUCGUCAUCUGAAUUCGAUGGCGAUGUGUUUAGGAACGAUGUGCCGGAACCCCUCUACACAGGAUCGUAUGAGCGGGAAAUGGAAUUGGAACUCGAAAAUUUAAUCGAAUCAUACAGACAGACACGUGACCCCGAUGAUUGGCUGAUGGAAACCGGAAGUUCUACCAGGAUUGGUUCCAGUGAUGAAGAGGCCGAGUUGGCACAGGAACUGAACACCUGGAUGUCGUUCACUCUGCCUAACACAGCGCCCCCUUCUGAGAGUUCUGAGAGUAGCUUCUCGGCCUCCGAGUCUGACAUCGUUAAUCACAAUACUCACGCCACUACGGUGUACGGCAACCUGAUAUUCUCUGAUAAUCUAGUCAUCAUGCCGAGUAGAUCACGUAAAGUUAUCGAACGUUUUGACGUUUGACGACAGUUUAGUCGAUGAUAUACUGUUACACUAAUAUGCAUAAUGAUAAUCUAUCGUUAGACAAACUUAUACCGAACGGAUCUUUAGCUCCGAAUAUAAUGUACUAUUGUUGGAAUGUAUUACAUUGCAUAAAAUGCAUUUUUUACAA